AAUUGGGAUUGAGAUGCUAACGGAAUAGAAGUCUCGUAGCUGAGAUGUCUCUGGAUGUGGAGUAUACCCGGCGCAGGAGGUACACGCAUGACGCUUUCGAUUUCCCUCGAGAAUUUGAGCACAGGCCUGACAUUCACCACAGAAGGGGAUCCCUCUGUGACCGCCACUGUGGUGUAACUAUCCAAGCAGAUUUUGGGGACACACAUUCUGGAUCUCAUCAACACAGUUUGCUCACGCCAAGGCUUUUGCCAGUGGUAUCAUCUACCCCAAGCUGCUGUCCUCAUCAUUCUGGGGAAGUUCAGCCUUGCGAUGUCUGCUUAGUUAAAACCACUAUCACCGCUGAAAAUGAAGUAGAGGCACUAAAACUGUCAAACAAUUACAAGUUUGGCUUCAAGAAAUGGAAGAGUCAUGUGACAGAGCGGCCAUGGGAAGAUCGGUCUGAUAUAGUAAAGGAGCUGUAUUCCGAGUUAAAUGUGGUGAAAAGCACAGUUGAGUCUGGUAUAACAAUAGGGAACGUCCUUUAUCUCCUAGCCUUUGGAUGGUGGGUUGCCCUUCUGUAUUUCUUGGUAUCUGUCCUUAUGUUCUUGUCUAUACUGGGAGCUCCAUAUGGAAUUCUUUGCUGGAAGCUGUCUGGGUAUUUCAUUUGGCCAUUUGGAAAAGUGAUCUUAAAGAGUGGCAUCAUACAUACCAAAAAGUGCUGCGUGCGAUUCUCAAAAUGUGAAGCUAUACCAGAGGUGGAUGAAAUGGAGAAAACACCCCUUAUUGGAUGUGAGAGACUCCAUACUGAUUUCCAACCCUCAGAGGUUGCCUACUGGUGGCGAAUUAGCACUUACAUCUGGCUUAUGCUGGGAUUUCCCUUGCUUGCCAUAGCCCACGGACUAGUCUGCCUUAUCUCAUGGAUCCUGGUUUUCUUCAUCCCCAUCUCCAAGAUGAAUGCCAGAACUAUGUCCAAAGUAUUGCUGAUGCCUCCUGAACAUGUUCACCUACGUAGCGCAAGCAAGAUGGAAGAGACCUAUGAGGCGGAGGUUGUUCUAUGCUGCUAUCAUGCCGUAAACCUUUAUUACUACAAGUACACGGUGGAUGGGCUCAAUGUGUUUGCUGUCAAUCUAAUAGUGUUGGUCAUUGUGUCACUGGCCCUGGGAUAUGCAGACGACCACAACCAUUACACAAGCUCUCCUGUGAAGUUCACACUAUCUCUGCUCUCCAUAAUGCCUCUGUCAUACUAUAUUGGUAUGGCGAUUGCAAGUAUUUCAGCUCAGAGUAACUUUGCUUUAGGUGCUGUGGUAAAUGCUACCUUUGGUUCCAUCAUCGAGCUCACCUUUUAUAUCACAGCAUUAAUAAAAGGAGCUCGGGAGGAGAACAAGUGCUACGAAGAAGUAGUGAAGUCGGCCCUCACGGGCACUUUACUGGGGUGUGUCCUCUUUGUUCCAGGCUUGUGCAUGGUCAUUGGUGGAAUCAAACACCAGGAGCAGAGGUUUAACAGCAGGUCAGCUGGAGUAGGUUCUGCACUGCUCUUCAUAUCUGUGGGAGGUGUUUUUGCUCCUACAUUGUUCUCCAAAGUAUAUGGGAAAAUGAUCUGUGGAGAGUGUAUGAACUUCGGCCAUAAUGUCUCAGAGAGAUAUAUUUGCCAGAACUGCCAAACUGAUGUGAUGGGAAGCAACAGCACUGCCUUCUACAAUGAUGUUAAGCCAUUGGUGUACACAGUGUCGCUCCUUCUGCCUGCUGCAUAUAUUAUAGGGCUCAUCUUCACCCUUAAGACCCACUCUCACAUAUACGAUAUUCACAUCAGUGACUGUCAUGUUCCCGGCCAUCACCAUGAUGCUGUGGUUCACUGGUCUCGAUGGCGAGCAAUGGUCGUACUGAUUGGCUCUACCCUACUAAUGUCUGCUUGUGCAGAUCUGGCCACAGAACACAUCAGCCCAAUUCUGUCUGGAGCCACUGUGUCUCAAUAUUUCAUUGGAGUGACUGUUCUUGCAUUGAUCCCAGAGCUCCCAGAGAUUAUCAAUGGGAUCCAGUUUGCUCUCCUCAACAAUUUAAGCUUAAGUAUAGAAAUUGGAAGCUGCAUUGCAGUACAAGUGUGUAUGCUUCAGAUACCCAUCCUGGUCCUGUUUUCUGUGUUCUACCCCACAGGAUUCACUUUGAUAUUCAGUGACCUCCACCUGUGGGCAAGCAUGUUUAGUGUGAUCCUAAUGAACUACAUCUUCAUGGACGGAAAGUGUGACUACUUCCAAGGCACUGCCCUGGUCAUUGUUUACUUCAUACUGCUUGCCAUGUAUUUCUUUGCUCCCUCUCCUGUUGGAUGCUGAUUCAUCAUCUUGGAGUAGACCAUCUAAGUUUGUUCCUUCCAUGUGAGUAAUGGGCAGCAGUAUGUAGGAUUUUCUUCCAACAGAAUACAGCACAAUCUUCUUGUUUGUUUAAAGAUGAGAUCUGUGUUUUGGAAGGUUUUCAUAAAUGAUUAAUUGCAAAACCCUGUGAUUUUACGAGGUGGAGAUGGGGCCAGACAUCACAUUGUAAUGAGCUCUACAACCCCCGCAUCCUUCUCUCUAGUGGCAGGGUGAAAUCUGUGCCUCUGUAAACCACUGGACAUUACUACCCUGUUGGCAAGGACAGGGAUGGAUGCCAGUACGAAGCAAGACAAAAUAUCCAGGCUUUCAGAUAUACCAUGUAAACCUGUUUGUGUGUUUUUAUUUGUUUCUUGUGUAUCUUUCAUAUGAGUGGCAAAUGCAUAAAGCUGAUGGUAUAAAAGGUUUGCAGGUUGCCUGAUCUGCGAUAAUGAAAUCACUUGCUGGGUCGUUGCUUUAGAAUAUGCCUUGAACAGAUGGUCACUGUGUUCCACAAAUGUUUAAUUAUGACGUAUGCAUUUAAACAUGUUUUCAAACUGUAACUUAUCACGAGGUGUUCAAUAAAGUAUGAGCACUUGAGUGAUUUCGAUCAUUAGGUUUUUUUUGUUUUUUUUAUAUACAAAUGUUAUUUUCAUGUGUUUUGUGGACAGACUGUUGAAAGGGUUUAUUACUAAUAUUAAACACAUUUGAAAUCUAACAUUUUUGUGCGUUUGCUUUCUUAUUUUGUAAAU